CCGCUCCGCUCCCUCUGUGGGCGGUGUUUCAAACGAGCGGAUUCGCGAGGAACGUGGGAGCUGUCAUUGCUGUGAGACACAUUCGCGGAGACCAGCAUCACCGUUGACAGCAAUCACAAGCGCUGGGAUUCUGUUCAUUUAAAGGAUCAGUGCCUUCUUAACAUGCUGCUCCACAUAUAAUCAAAUGAAAUUUGCUUUAGAUUCGCCAGAUCUGAAGGGGAAUUUUGGAAAGACACAAGCUGAUCAUGAAGUGGGAUAUUUUACUCCUCUCCGGUGUUUUAGAGAAAAAUGCCGGAUGCAUCCGUUGAACGAAGGUAUUUUCCGCUGGAUUAACAAAGGACAGUAUUUUUGAAACAUACUCUCUGUGCAAAAACACUGGUUUAUUGCCGUCUUCGGGAAACAGAGAUGUUCUUGUGAAGUCACAGGGGUUUAGUUUUCUGCCUUACCAAAUGGUGUGGUGCUGAUGAGAGACUGUUCGUCGGUAACAGUUUUUUUCUCAACCCAGAAUGACAAACAAAUAGCUCUCCGCUUGAGCGAUGGAAACACUGUGAGGUUUCUCACUGAACUUGAGAAGCAGCAACAGCGACUGCCACAGUCUCGACCCAACACAAAUCAGCACAUAAUAAUGGUAUGGGCUUCUGAAGUCGGUCGGAGCAUGGAGUCCGCGCACCAGGCAGGUUAGGGGGUUUUAGGAGACACGCUAAGAACCCUGUUUUGAAUCCCCAUCCUGAAAUGAGGCAAAAUGUUGAUGUGUGACAGAGGAGUCCAAAUGCUGAUCACCACGGUGGGCGCGUUCGCCGCGUUCAGCCUGAUGACUAUCGCUGUGGGAACGGACUACUGGCUGUACUCACGAGGAGUGUGCCGGGCCAAAAGUAAUAACGAGAACGAGACGAGCAGGAAGAACGAGGAAGUCAUGACCCACUCCGGACUGUGGAGAACCUGCUGUCUAGAAGGAACAUUUCGAGGUGUCUGUAAGAAGAUUGACCACUUUCCAGAGGAUGCAGAUUAUGAGCAGGAUGCAGCAGAGUAUUUACUACGAGCUGUGAGAGCGUCCAGCAUCUUCCCCAUCAUGAGCGUUGGGCUUCUGUUCAUGGGAGGUUUGUGUGUGGCUGCCAGUGAGUUUUACAGGAGCAGACACAAUGUCAUCCUCAGUGCUGGAAUCUUCUUUGUCUCUGCUGGCCUAAGUAACAUCAUCGGCAUUAUCGUGUACAUAUCCGCCAAUUCGGGCGACCCUGGCCAGAGCGAUUCGAAGAAGAGUUACUCAUACGGCUGGUCCUUCUACUUCGGCGCACUGUCCUUCAUAAUGGCCGAGAUGGUGGGCGUGCUCGCCGUGCACAUGUUCAUUGAGAAACACCGGAAGCAGCGCGCCAAGUCCCGCACCGAGCUGAUCAAGAAGUCGGCCUUCAGUCGCAUCCCCAGCUACCGCUACCGAUUCCGCCGGCGCUCCAGCUGCCGCUCCAGCGAGCCUGCCUCACGUGACGCUUCGCCCAUGGGCAAGAGCGGGUACACGGGCCCCGCUGCAGCAGACAUCUCCAUGUACACCCUGUCCAGGGAUCCCUCCAAGGCGGCAAUGGGUGCCUUGCUGAACUCCGAGAGGGAGUUUUUGCAGGCUCACAACUCCAACGCUAAGGACUUCAAAGAUGCGGCCAACAGGAGGACCACUCCAGUCUGAGAGAGUUUAAGCACAGAGGAAGUGCCACGGCCAAGCGGUUACAACCACAGACUUGAGCUGGACCCCAGCAGGAAGAAGAAUUCACUCGAGGCCUGCAGGGCUAUAACCCUCUUUCUAUAACAUUAUAUAUAAAUAUACAGUCAUGGCAAGUUUUGGUAGCAACAUCAAUUUUGUGUUUUGCAAAGGUGUUCAUUCACAUUGUUUCUAGAUUAUUGUGUAGAGCAAUUUUAAAUUAUUACUUAAAGCUUCAAUGGCCAAAAAAUGUACUUUUCAUAAGAAUAAAAAAUGUAUUUAACUGUUUUUUGAUCCUGACACCAAAUGAUCAGCUAACAUUAAUUGACUAAUCAUAUCAGCAGCACAUGUGAAAGUGUGAGUGAGUACUAGUCAGGUGUAAUCACUAUCAUACUAAUGAUAUUGUAAGAGCAGACUGAUUGCUAUAAAAGGAGGGAAGAAGCGCUUCCAAUCAUUGUGAUCUUGUUAACAAUGGUUACCUCCAAAGAAAUGUGUGCAGCCUUCAUCACUGUGGAUCACAAUGGCCUCACAUUCAAGGAAAUUGCUACAAAGAAUAUUACACCUAAAAGAACCAUUUCCUGGAUCAUCUAGAACUUCAAGAAGAGAGGUUCGACUUAAGUGAAGACGUACCAGUGUCCAGCAAGCGCCAGGACUGUCUCCUCAUGAGGAGUCAGAUACAGAAUCGUGUCACCAGCAGUGAAGAGCUUGCUCAUGAACGGCAGCAGGUCGGUGUGAGAGCAUCUACAUGCACAGUGAGGCCAAGACUUUUGGACAAAGGGCAGCAAGGAAGCCACUUCUCUCCAAGAAAAACUUGAAGGACAGACUCAAAUUCUGCAGGAAGUACAAGGAUUAGACAGCAGAAGACUGGUGCAAAGUUAUUUUCUCUGAUGAAGCUUCCUUCCAACUUUUAUGAAAAAUCUGGAAAAUCAAUUGUUUGGAGAUAUAAGGUGAACGCUACCAUGAGACCUCUGACGUGCCAACAGUGAACCAUCCUGAGACCAUCAAAAUGUGAGGCUGCUUUCAACCAAGGGUGUGGGCUCUCUCAUUAACAUGUCCAAAAACACUGCCAAGAAUGGUAUCAAAACCUUUUUACAACGAUCCAUGAGUAGUUUGGUGAUGAUCCGUGAAUUUUCCAGCAUGACGGAGCACCAUGUCACAAAGCAAGAGUGAUAAAGAAGUGGCUAGAAUAUGAUUACAUAGAAAUUUUGGAUCCAUGGCCAGGCAACUCCCCUGAUCUCAAUCCCAUAGAGAACCUUCGGUCAAUCCUCAAAAGGCGAGUGGACAAGCAGAAGCCCACAAAUUGUGAUCAACUCCGAGAACUAAUACGGCAAGAAUGGCUCUCCAUCAGUGAGGAUUUGGCCCAGAGGCUAGUAUCGGUCAUGCCAGAGCGAACUGCAGAGGUUAUGAAAAGCAAGGGUCAACACUGACUGUAAAUAUUGACUCAUAUUGUUUUUGCCAAUAAAAGCAUUAAAAAACUGUAUGCUUAUUGUUUUUCAGUAUAGCAUAGAAACAUGUGGACAGAUAAUCUACAAAUACUGAAGCAGCAAACUUUGCAAAACACAAAAUGUAUGUCACUGCCAAAACUUUUGGCCAUGACUGUAGAUGGUAAUUAUUAGAUCAUUGGUGCUUCCUUUUAAUCCUUUAAUUUUCAGUCACUGUUUCUGUCGUUUCACCUGACACACACACCCCUCCCCCUACGGGCUACUUGAGUAGAAUGCUAGUCCUCAAUGUUAUUUGUUCUGCGACUGCAGUUCCUGAAGUGGUAGCCCAGCGAAACUGUGAAGCCCUCUGAGGGGGAGGAUUGUAACGCUUCUGACUGAUGAACCGAAAGGCUGUCCCGAUACUCGCCUUAUGCACAACUCAGUAGCCCAUAGCUGGUGAGUGCUGCCUCACACUCACAAGAUUGUAUACAUUGUUGGUUUUUCUUCCGGGUCGGAAAUUGAGCCCACAUCUAGCGCCACUGUCUCAUGCUGAUCACCCCACUCAUCCCACCUCCACGAUGCCCUCAAGCUACUUGGCCAGGCUCUGCAUGCCAUCCACACAGUUCUGUUAUUUAUUUUUAAUGUUUACUCCCAUUAUUUCCAUUGCAAAACCCCCUGCAUAAACUUUUAUAACAGGGUUAAAAUGCUUGUUAUUAAAUAUGAUCUUUUAGCCAACCAAAGUUUUUUGGUAUUACAUUGUUUUCAUUGAGAUUCUAAUGAUUUACAAUUUUAUGUGAUUUACAAUGAGAUAUCCUUGAUAAGAGGUUUACUGGAGGCCCUUUUGCUUAUUAAUAUGGAUAUUGUGGUCAUUAUUAUAAAGUUUUGUUUUUUUAUCUGUUAGCGAAAGAAAAGCAGUCGGCUGCCAAAUGUAGAUUUCUUAAUCGUCUAUAGUUAAAAUGUUUUUGGAGAAAAUAUUGUUCGUACAUUUACCGAAAGCUGUGCAUCAAGAGUUUAUAAAAAUCCGAAUGUUAUGAAAUCAAAA